CGGCGAGAGUUCGGUUGAGAGUCUGCUGCAUGGUGGUGGGAGUACCACUGAUGAGAGAGAGAGAGAGAAAGGACUAUUAUAGCACCGCAUUGGAGGACGAUUAUCUACUGGAUACUGCUGCUUAGCACUCGGGCAGGGUUUCUCCAUCUCUACUGUGUGUGUGGUGGCGUAGUGUGUUCUGCAUCUGGUUUCCAGCAGAAAUGUCACAGAGGAGUGGGCAGGAGGACCCGGAGCGGUACCUCUUUGUGGACCGCGCCGUGGUCUACAACCCGGCCGCACAGGCCGACUGGACGGCCAAGAGGCUAGUAUGGAUCCCAUCAGAACGCAAUGGCUUCGAGGCUGCCAGUGUUCGUGAGGAGCGUGGAGAUGAGGUGGUGGUGGAGCUGGCGGAGAAUGGGAAGAAGGCGGUGGUCAACAAGGAUGACAUCCAGAAGAUGAACCCGCCAAAGUUCAGCAAAGUAGAGGACAUGGCCGAACUCACCUGCCUGAACGAAGCCUCCGUGCUUCACAACCUCAAAGACCGCUACUACUCUGGCCUCAUCUAUACGUACUCUGGUCUCUUCUGUGUGGUCAUAAAUCCCUACAAAAACCUGCCCAUCUACUCAGAGAACAUCAUUGAGAUGUACCGGGGCAAAAAGAGGCACGAAAUGCCCCCUCACAUCUACGCCAUCUCAGAGUCUGCGUACAGAUGCAUGCUACAAGAUCGAGAGGACCAAUCCAUUCUUUGCACAGGUGAGUCAGGAGCUGGCAAGACAGAAAACACAAAAAAAGUCAUUCAGUACCUGGCGCAUGUUGCGUCCUCCCACAAAGGAAGAAAAGACCACAACAUUCCUCCAGAAUCACCCAAACCAGUGAAACAUCAGGCACAACAUGCAGUUAGUGGACCCCUGUUUUAUGGUGAAUUGGAACGUCAACUUUUACAAGCCAACCCCAUCCUUGAAGCUUUUGGGAAUGCCAAGACGGUGAAAAAUGACAAUUCGUCACGUUUUGGGAAAUUCAUCCGGAUCAACUUUGAUGUCACCGGAUACAUUGUUGGAGCCAAUAUUGAAACCUACUUACUGGAGAAAUCCAGAGCUAUUCGUCAAGCCAAAGAUGAGCGCACCUUCCACAUUUUCUACCAGCUGCUGGCAGGAGCUGGAGAGCACCUCAAAUCGGACCUGCUUUUGGAAGGAUUCAACAACUACCGCUUCCUGUCUAACGGUAACAUCCCAAUCCCGGGUCAGCAGGACAAAGACAACUUCCAGGAGACCAUGGAGGCCAUGCACAUCAUGAGCUUCGUCCAUGAGGAGAUUCUGGGCAUGUUGAAGGUUGUGUCCUCGGUGCUUCAGUUUGGUAACAUUACCUUUAAGAAGGAGAGGAACUCUGACCAAGCCUCUAUGCCUGAUAAUACUGCCGCUCAGAAGCUGUGUCAUCUGCUGGGAUUGAAUGUAAUGGAGUUUACCAGAGCCAUCCUGUCGCCGAGGAUCAAAGUGGGAAGAGACUACGUCCAGAAAGCGCAGACUAAAGAGCAGGCUGACUUUGCUGUCGAGGCCUUAGGUAAAGCAACAUAUGAGCGUCUGUUCCGCUGGCUGGUCCAUCGCAUUAACAAAGCUCUGGACCGAACCAAACGGCAGGGUGCCUCCUUCAUUGGCAUCCUGGACAUUGCGGGUUUUGAGAUUUUCCAGUUGAACUCAUUUGAGCAGAUGUGCAUCAACUACACCAACGAGAAGCUGCAGCAGCUCUUCAACCACACCAUGUUCAUCCUGGAGCAGGAGGAGUACCAGAGGGAGGGCAUCGAGUGGAGCUUCAUCGACUUCGGCCUCGACCUGCAGCCCUGCAUCGACCUCAUUGAGAGGCCGGCAAACCCUCCAGGAGUGUUGGCUCUGCUAGAUGAAGAGUGCUGGUUCCCCAAAGCCACAGACAAGACCUUCGUAGACAAGCUGUCCCAGGAGCAGGGCACACACACCAAGUUCCAGAAACCCCGCCAGCUCAAGGACAAAGCUGAUUUCUGCAUCCUCCACUACGCUGGCAAGGUGGACUAUAAGGCGGAUGAGUGGCUAAUGAAGAACAUGGACCCUCUGAAUGACAACGUGGCCACACUCCUGCAUCAGUCGACUGACAAAUUUAUAGCUGAACUCUGGAAAGACGAGAUUCAGACCAUUCAAAUGGCUUCAUUCUAUGACAAUGUCACUAGUCUGGAUGACCCGGCAGUCGACCGUAUCGUUGGCCUGGACCAGGUGGCGGGCAUGAACGAGACGGCGUUUGGCGCCACCUACAAAACGAAAAAGGGCAUGUUUCGUACGGUGGGACAGCUCUACAAGGAGUCGCUCACCAAACUCAUGGCCACACUGAGGAACACCAACCCCAACUUUGUCCGCUGCAUCAUCCCCAACCACGAAAAAAGAGCUGGUAAACUGGAGCCUCACCUGGUUCUGGACCAGCUGAGGUGUAACGGAGUCCUAGAGGGGAUUCGCAUCUGCAGACAGGGCUUCCCCAACCGCAUCGUCUUCCAGGAGUUCAGACAGAGAUAUGAGAUCCUGACGCCUAACGCUAUCCCCAAGGGAUUCAUGGAUGGGAAACAAGCCUGUGAGAGAAUGAUCCGAGCCCUGGAGCUGGACCCCAACCUGUUCCGUAUCGGUCAGAGUAAGAUCUUCUUCAGGACUGGUGUUCUCGCUCACCUGGAGGAGGAGAGAGAUCUGAAGAUCACGGACAUCAUCAUCUACUUCCAAUCUGUUUGCCGUGGAUACUUGGCACGCAAGGCCUUUGCUAAGAAGCAGCAGCAGCUGAGUGCCCUGAAGGUCCUCCAGAGGAACUGUGCUGCCUACUUGAAGCUGCGACACUGGCAGUGGUGGAGGCUCUUCACCAAGGUGAAGCCACUGCUGCAGGUCACCAGGCAGGAGGAGGAGCUGCAAUCCAGAGAUGAGGAGCUGGUAAAGGUGAAGGAGAUACAGCUCAAGGUGGAGAAUGAGCUCGUGGAGAUGGAGAGGAAACACCAACAGCUCGUAGAGGAGAAGAAUAUUCUAGCAGAACAACUCCACGCGGAGACGGAGCUCUUUGCCGAGGCCGAAGAGAUGAGAGUUCGUCUGCUUUCCAGGAAGCAAGAGUUGGAGGAGAUCCUUCAUGACCUGGAGUCUCGUGUGGAGGAGGAGGAGGAGAGGAACCAGAGCCUGCAGAAUGAGAAGAAGAAGAUGCAGUCACACAUACAGGACCUGGAGGAGCAGCUCGAUGAGGAGGAAGCUGCCAGACAGAAGCUGCAGCUGGAUAAAGUGACGGCCGAGGCGAAGAUCAAGAAAAUGGAGGAGGACAUUCUCCUGCUGGAGGACCACAACUCCAAGUUCCUCAAGGAGAAAAAGCUUCUGGAGGACAGAAUCGGCGAGAUGACCUCCCAGCUGACGGAGGAGGAGGAGAAAGCAAAGAACCUCGGAAAGGUCAAGAACAAGCAGGAGAUGAUGAUGGUUGACCUGGAGGAGCGUUUAAAGAAGGAGGAGAAAACGCGGCAGGAGCUGGAGAAGGCCAAACGCAAACUGGAUGCCGAGACGACGGACCUGCAGGACCAGAUUGUUGAGCUCCAGGCGCAGAUAGAGGAGCUGAAGAUCCAACUGAGCAAGAAGGAGGAGGAGCUGCAGGCUGCUCUGGCCAGGAGCGAUGAGGAGACCGUCCAGAAGAACAACGCCUUGAAGCAGGUUCGGGAGCUGCAGGCCCACCUUGCUGAGCUUCAGGAGGACCUGGAGUCGGAGAAGAUGUGUCGAAGUAAAGCUGAAAAACUGAAGAGGGACCUGAGUGAGGAGCUCGAGGCCCUGAAGACGGAGCUGGAGGACACGCUGGAUACCACUGCUGCCCAGCAGGAGCUCCGGUCCAAGCGAGAGCAAGAGGUGGCAGAGCUGAAGAAGGCCAUAGACGAGGAGACCAAAAACCACGAGGCCCAGAUCCAGGAAGUGAGACAGAGGCACGCCACUUCGCUGGAAGAACUGUCCGAACAGCUGGAACAGGCCAAGAGGUUCAAGGCCAACCUGGAGAAGAACAAGCAGAGUCUGGAGAGUGACAACAAAGAGUUGGCCUGUGAUGUAAAGAGUCUGCAGCAGACCAAGACAGAGUCCGAAUAUAAGAGGAAGAAACUGGAGGCCCAGCUGCAGGAGUUUAUGUCCAGGGCCACCGAGGUAGAGAAGGCCAAAGGAGAGCUGGCCGAACGCUCACACAAACUCCAGACGGAGCUGGACAAUGCGUCCGCUUUGCUGGAGGAGGCCGAGAAGAAGGGACUCAAACUGGCCAAGGAAGUCGACAAACUCAACAGCAAACUGCAAGACUCAGAGGAGUUGCGGCAGGAGGAGACGCGUCAGAAGCUGAACCUGAGCGGCCAAAUCCGCCAGCUGGAGGUGGAUAAGAACACCUUGCUGGAGCAGCAGGAGGAGGAUGAGGAGGCACGACGCAACAUGGAGAAACAGCUGCAGACGGUGCACUCUCAGCUGUUUGAGACAAAGAAGAAGCUGGAGGAGGACGUGGGGUCGAUGGAGGGCCUGGAGGAGGUGAAGAGGAAGCUCCAGAAGGACGUGGAGCUGACCAAUCAGCGUCUGGAGGAGAAGACCAUGGCCAUGGACAAGAUGGAGAAGACCAAGAACCGACUGCAGCAGGAGCUGGACGACCUGAUGGUGGACCUGGACCACCAGAGACAGAUCGUCUCAAACCUUGAAAAAAAACAAAAGAAGUUUGACCAGCUGCUCGCCGAAGAGAAAACCAUCUCAGCUCGUUACGCUGAGGAGCGUGACCGCGCGGAGGCCGAGGCCAGAGAGAAGGACACCAAGGCUCUGUCUAUGGCCAGAGCUCUGGAGGAGGCCUUGGAGGCCAAGGAGGAACUGGAGCGGUUUAACAAGCAGCUCCGCGCUGAAAUGGAGGACCUGAUGAGCUCCAAGGAUGACGUGGGGAAGAAUGUCCACGAACUGGAGAAGUCCAAGCGAACGCUGGAGCAACAGGUGGAGGAGAUGAGAACUCAGCUGGAGGAGCUGGAGGACGAGCUUCAGGCCACAGAGGACGCCAAACUGCGUCUGGAGGUCAACAUGCAGGCCAUGAAGGCCCAGUUUGACCGAGACCUGCAGGCCCGAGAUGAGCAGGGAGAGGAGAAGAAGAGGUCGCUUGUCAAACAGGUGCGUGAGAUGGAGGCAGAGUUGGAGGACGAGAGGAAACAGAGAACUCUGGCUGUCGCCUCCAAGAAGAAGCUGGAGAUGGACCUGAACGAGCUGGAGGGACAGAUCGAAGCUGCUAACAAAGGCAGGGAGGAGGCUGUUAAACAACUCAAAAAACUACAGGCUCAGAUGAAGGACUAUCAGAGGGAGCUGGAGGAAGCCAGAGCCUCCAGGGACGAGAUCUUCACCCAGUCCAAGGAGAACGAGAAGAAACUCAAGGGCCUAGAAGCUGAAAUCCUACAGCUACAGGAGGACCACGCAGCGUCAGAGAGGGCCCGCCGACAUGCUGAACAGGAGAGGGAUGAGCUGGCUGAUGAGAUCGCCAACAGUGCUUCUGGAAAGUCGUCGCUGCUGGAAGAGAAGAGGAGGCUGGAGGCUCGUAUCGCCCAGCUGGAGGAGGAGCUGGAGGAAGAGCAGGGCAACACGGAGUUGCUCAACGACCGUUUCAGAAAGACCAACCUCCAGGUGGACAACCUGAACACGGAGCUGGCCGGAGAACGCAGCACUGCACAGAAGAGCGAGAACGCUCGGCAACAGAUGGAGCGGCAGAACAAGGAUUUGAAAUCCAAGCUGGCAGAGCUGGAGGGGACCGUCAAGUCAAAGUUUAAGGCGUCCAUCACUGCCCUGGAGGCCAAGAUCCUGCAGCUGGAGGAGCAGCUGGAGCAGGAAGCAAAGGAGAGAGCAGCAGCCAACAAGAUCGUCCGUCGUACGGAGAAGAAGCUGAAGGAGGUGAUGAUGCAGGUGGAGGAUGAGCGCCGUCACGCUGACCAGUACAAGGAGCAGAUGGAGAAAGCCACCUCUCGCAUGAAGCAGCUGAAGCGUCAGCUGGAGGAGGCGGAGGAGGAGGCCACCAGGGCCAACGCCACCCGCAGGAAGCUGCAGAGGGAGCUGGACGACGCCACCGAGGCCAGCGAGGGUCUCACCCGGGAGGUCAACUCCCUCAAGAACCGUCUCAGGCGUGGCGGUCCGGUCAGCACCUUCUCCUCCGGCCGUUCGGGCCGCCGCAACCUCAACCUGGACGGCGCCUCCGUUGACAUGUCAGACGACGACGCCGACAGCCGUGCUGGCGAUUUCAACGAGACGCAAACCACCAACGCCGAGUAAACGUGGCGACCCUCUCUUUCCUCACUUUUCCCCUUCCCCUCAUCACUACCCACCUCACCUCCACCUCACCCACCUGCGCCCAGUUCCCCCCCCCCAAAAAACAGCCUCGGCGUCACCAUCGUCUUUAUUCAUUUCAAACCACUGACUGGACAGGAGAUUGGAGCGAUGUUUUUGGUAACGCCGGGCGGAGUGCGCCUGGCAGCCCUUUUUGUAUCAGUUAGCACUGCAGGGAAAAUCCACCGCCCUCCCCUGACGUCAAGCCUCCAGUCCUGGAGACUCACAGGGGCAAACAGACAAUUCUGCCUUACUCUGUUCUCCGGCAAGCUGCUAGUCCUGGCUCGUCUCUCGGCCAUGUAUCAUCUCAGCGUCAUGACGUAACACUCUCCCCUCCCAUCAGGCGUGAAGUUAUCUGCUCAGCUUAUUGAGAAAGUAUGCAUAGGUGCAAAGUGCUUUUUAUACAUAUGAAACUGUAGGUGGAGGCUGUGAAGUGUACACACACACCAAGUAUGUAACUUAUGUGAACGCACCCCCCAUACUGGAAAUGCAGGACUACAAGGAAACACGUUUCACUCUGGUGUUGUCAUACGUGUUCUGCUCACUAGUUGUGUAAAAGCCAUCUCGUACCCGACACACUCCCUCCUUUCAAAAACCGAGGUCACCGUGGCCUUCGGACCGCCACGCCGGCUACUUUUGUUGCACGAGUCUCCGUCUGACGUACAGACCGUCAGCUUCUACACUACAGGAACGACUAACAUCUCGGGACAUGCAAUAGAAGAACGCGGACUCUGAAUUGAAAGUGUUAUUACUGUGAAAAAAGAAAGGUAUUUUAUUUUCUGUGUUGCUUCAUCUCAACAUUUAAUGAAGGAAUGUCUCGCUGGGUUUUAACUAGAAAUCUAAUAGCUCACAAGGUCAACGUGUUUUGUAUUGUUGACCAUUUGUCCUCUACUGUGGGUUGGCGUGAGCUGCGAAUGAUGCACAGAACUGCACAGGAAGAUUUUAGAAUUUUUAACUGGAAACCAACAUGAGAUAAAAAAAAAGCUCUUAAUGGAAGCACUAAAGACGCGCUCAGUCCACGUUUUAAAUGUGACACUAAAUGGUUAAACUUGUAGUUUGAUUAGAAAAUGAUGAAAAUAGUCGGCUUCUCACUACAUUUCAGUGUUUGUGCAUUGCCUCAGUUCGUAUUGUCACUACAUUCGAGUCACAGAGCUGAAGCAUCAGUUUUUCUGCCAAUCUUUGGAAACACAAAAGCUUACCUCUGUUCUGAAGGCAGUUUCAACAUCCUCAAAGACUCUCCUAACCACCUGGAGGAAAAAAAAUAAUAUUCAGUUUGUUACACAAUAAAAAAAUAUUUUUAACUUUAAAGUUUUUAGCCAGCAUGGAACAGAAGUCCUUAAAAUGCUCAGAAAAAAUUUAAUUUUAACAUCUACAAUUCUAUGACAACUGUUUUUUAACGUGUUUCCCAAAUUACAACCUUACAACAAAAUAAAAAUGUUUGUUAUAUUUGUUCAUAUUCAAGUCACAUUUCAUUGUUUUUUAUUUUCAUACAAAUCAAAACCAUGUUAAUAUAAGUACAAUUUACAACACAAGCAUGGAGAUUUAUUCAUUUCCAGCUGCCUGAGGCCUGUACUACGAAACGAGUUCAACAUACCCGGAGUAUCUUCUCGUUAUCUGGCUUCACUAACCCUAAAAAACGCAGUUUAUGACCAAUCACAGACAUGGACAAGUCUGCUGUCAGCAGAGCGGCACAUUUUACAAACUAUAAUAUUAGACAAAUACAAAGAAGUUAAACACACAAUCCAGGCCAAAUGUAGGAAGGACAGGUGGCAAAAGGAAAAAUUGUUGAUGUGUGACUGCGUAAAUUAACAGACUUAUUCAUUUAAAGUCAGAUAUAGUCAGCUAGACUUAAAACUUUCAGAAGACAAUGAAUGAAUAGAUUACACCUUAUUAUGCCCUUUAGUAAUGAUAUGGUAUGUAUGACUAUUUCAGCUGCGUCUCCGGCGGUUUGAAACGGACUUUAGAGCAAGUAAAAAAAUAAAUAUAAAAACAUUAUUCAAUGUUAUUGAAUAAUGUUUUUAUUAUUCGAUUUGGCUCCCGUCCAUCGUGAGUCCGACGAUGUUACAGGAGCACUCCACCGGUUUAGCGUUUCUUUUAAGGACUUCUCACCCAAGCUGGCUAAAAAUUAAAAGAAAGCAAAGAGUUGUGCGGUUAGAAGUGUCGAUUUAAUUUUAGAAAUACCUUCAGAACAGCGGUAAGUGUUAAACCGCUCUGUAUUAAUUUUUCUGCUCUGUGACUCCAAUAUAACGUGAUAGUGAACAAACUGAGGCUGGUUUGUGCCAUGGUUUUUUGUAAGUUGAAACCGAACUCUUCAGACUACCGACAGACCUGAUUAAGCACUUAGUAUUCACCGGUGACGGGUUGUCUGAAAACAAGGUUUUGUUCUUUCCUUGCAAUUUUAGCCCAAGUUCCUUUAACAGCGUUUUUAGCAAAGUGAAGUAAAGCUUCUGCUUGAAAUACAGCAGCCACCUCAACAGUUAAACCACUACAGUGUGAAAAAACUACAUGCCAUGGUGCCCAUAACCAUCCAUCAACUGUUAUUAAGUCUUUUCCUUUAUCAUGGAUCUACAAAUUAGGAUCUACGGCGGAUUUCUUUGCCCUUCUCAUAAAUGUUAACAGUAUGUUUCUUUAAAAGUGCCUUAGACACUAAAUAAGAACAUAAGCAGGCAAUGAUUUCAUUACAGAUGUGGAAAAGAGAUGAAACAGGUACACCAAGGAGAUACUCAACACUUAAUCUUUCUUUUGUAUUUUUGCUGUGCUUCAUAUCAUAUCCGCUGUGUACCUCAAUGUUCAUAAUAACCUCCUAGCUAGAGCGUUUGGGUCAAAAUCAGUAUUACAGUAUCAUUAACUACACGAGAAGCGAAGCCCUCAGCAGCUGAAUUUCCCCUAAAUUAUUUUUGUACUAAGAUUUUCCUGUGUAACCACUCACAGGUGAAGGCUUAGUACUGAAGUUAUUUUGGGAAACGAUGCUCUGCACAGGAUUUCAUUUGGUUGGAAGCUUUAACAUCCACAAGUAGUUAACUCAUUUUAAUUUUAUUAUUAUUAUCCAACUGGCUGUUGACAACCAGGCAUUCAACUGCAAAUACUCCCAUCAUAUUAUUUCUUGUAUACCUGUAUUUCUAGACGGUAAUUGUUUUUGUUUUAUUUGUUUUUGUAAAAGGAAAAUAAAGCAUAUUCAUUGUA